GUUGGCUUACCAAGAGUGAAGCGCGACAAAUACUCAGUCUUCAACUUUCUGACACUCCCAGAGACAGUUUCAUUGCCCACAGUUCGAGCAUCAAGUGAAAAAGCAUUGCAGCCCCGAGAUCCUGAGAAAUCAAGAAAAUCAUCCAGAUGGGAUACAGCUAAACAAGAAAAGAAAGAAGAUUCCAUUAGUGAAUUUUUAAGUCUGGCUAGAUCAAAAGUUGGUCCGCCUAAACAAGAGCCCAGUCCCUUCGUAAGCAGAGAGGAAGAACAUGCACCAGAAUCACUCUCAGAUAAGAUGGUGAACAGAGAUGCGGAUUCACAGACAGAGGGAGAAAGUAGCCGUCCGUCCAUGGACUUAUUCAGGGCCAUCUUUGCCAGCUCCUCAGAUGAAAAGUCCUCAUCCUCUGAGGAGGAGGAGGGUGACAGUGAGGAUGACCAGGCAGGCACCGAGGAGGCCCACUCCAAAAGCCCCCAAGAUACUGGCUUGGUGGACGCAUCAUCUGUGGUACAUGCCCCCCAGCCAGCACCCGCUGAGCCAUCACCUUCCUUCCCAAUACAGAAGAUGCAGAUAGAUGAGAGAGAGGAAUUUGGCCCCCGGCUGCCUCCUGUCUUCUGCCCCAAUGUGCGUCAGAAACUGGAGGUACCUCAAAGAGAGAAACAUAAAAAGAACAAAGAAAAGCACAAGACCAAGAAGGAGCACAGGCGAAAGAAAGAGAAGAAAAAGAAACACAGAAAGCACAAACACAAAGGCAAGCAAAAGAAUAAAAAGUCAGAAAAAAGUAGUAGUUCUGCGAGUCCUGACAGCAGCGACAGCCAGAGUGAUGAAGGCAGCGCAGACGUGUCACCCCCGGCGCUGCUGAGACGGCUGAAAUGUCUUCCACUAAGGAGGCAGUAAUUGAAUUCUGCCCUGGCUUGUCCCAGAAUCAGAUCUUCUGAUGGAAGCUCAUUGAUUGUUCAGUUAAUACCUUGUACAGAUUGUAUUUAUAUGUAAAUUCUUGCUGUAUAAUACUUUUUAAAACCUUGACAUUUCAAAGACUGCCUUGAAAGGUUAUAGAAAUUGGUUUCUAUUUUUAACUUCAGUUAGUGUCAGAGGAAAAAAUUCAGACUGACCCAUUUAAUUAAAGUGGAUUUUUAAAUAU